GCUUAGCUCCUCUCUGGUUGUAGCCGAUUAACGACAGUUACCGACAGUGGGGCGAGGUCGAUUAUGUCUUAAUAUUGUGCAGUUUAUAGUUAUAGUUAUACCAGUUAUAGUGUUAGUUAGUGUGUUAACAAACGUUAGCUGGCGUUAUAGCAACAAAUGCUAACGUUAGCAACAAGGGAGGCGGGGAUGCUCCAUUAGCUGAGUGAACUAGCUUUAACUGUAGCAGCGAUGUCAAGUCACAAUCUUCCGCCGGUGCGACAUUUGCCGCACUGGUCCCGCGUCGGAUGUCUUGAAAAUCCCUGCGCUCCUCGACCUGUACCACCGGCGGUCCACCUGCAGCCGCUGCCCGUGCCGCCUGCACCCCCUGCACCUCUUGCGGGCAGCGGGGCGGUGAGGGGAGCGGCGCCGGGACAGGUGUCACCUCACACCGUCACGGACACCCGCGUCGCUUCGCUGAAGAGAGAUAUCCAGUUCUUACAGGAGCAACACAAGGAUACCCUCCAGAAGCUCCAUGCUGAAGUCGAUUACCUCAGACGGGAGAAUAAAGAGUUGCACUAUACACUGAUAAUGGAUCCCCCCAAGUCAAGUAGAAAAGUGGCACGCAGUGACAGUCGACGAGGUGUUAGACCACCCACUCAGGGAAGUGAAGCCCCCAUGGGGAUCUACCUGGAGCAACCUCUGCAGGACACACGCUCCCUACAGGACCAGAAACACGCCAUCGGGGAGUGCACCAAAACCCUGGGAUCUUCCAGGUACGACUUUGGCGGAGAGCCAAAGGGGGGGCUCAUCACCUCAUUACAGCCCCUGCGGAUCCACAGCAGUCCCACCCAUCCACCUCGUGCUCCCACCCUGGAGGAGUGCGAGGUCAUCAUCCGGCAGCUGUACAACGCCAACAGCAUGCAGUCUCAAGAGAUUGUGCGUGUGAAGGCAUUGCUGAGGGACAUUGUGUUCAGCAAGAAAAUCACCCCAGAAAACUACAUUCUCACCAAGGCCUACCUUGCUGAUGGUGCACGCCAAGCUUCAGAGGUAGAGAGAUUUCCCCAGCUUGCCCUUCAAACACUUCCAAAGAAAACGUCUGCACCCCGUAAUGCUGGGGUGACUCUGCCAGCGCUCAAGCAGAGCCUGAGCUCCAGCAUCGCAGAGAGACAGAGGAGGAGCCAGGCUGUGCAGAGAACCCGCUUAAAAAGGACAGUGCAGUGACAUGUUGAGAAAUCAACACAGCAACAGCUACCUCCACCUCACUACUGGGGCUUCUCAAGGUCAUUCCAAAAAUAUCCUCUUACAGCCAUCUGAGAGUGGCCUCUGGAAUAAAUUUUAGUAUUUAUGUUCUAUCAUUUUAUAUUACUAAAAAUUCUUCUUCAGUGCAGAAAUCUACUCAUUAUGGACU